AUGUUUUGAAUUUCAACCGCCACCACCCAACACUCUUCCUUCAUCAUGCAGUCAAAGACUCCAAAGACACCCAGCAGGCAGCGUGCUCGCUCAGACGUGAAAACACCUCUGACCUCUUCCGUUGUGUCUGGUCUCAAUGCCGUUUCGUUGGCACCGUCGCCGUCGAAACGACGAACCAAGUCACGGUCAGUGACGGGACCUUUCGACGUGUCGAAUCCUUUCAUCGUUCCACCGACCUCGUCAUCAUCCCGCUCUCGUGCAUCAUCGCCUGUUAAAUCUUUCGCACCCUCUGGGGCGUAUCCCAUCAACGCCGAGUUGCAGCGACAAGCAAAUUCGGGCCUCAUUAGAAAGGGUGGGAUCGAGAGCAAGUUGGACGUUGUGAAGAUUGAUUAUGUUCCGCCAACAAGGUCAGAGCUGAAACGGUCUAGGUCGACCCCGAAUCGGAUAGGUGACCAGCAAGAUCGCUUCAUUACUACCACACGGGAAAAUGCAGGUUUUGAUAUCGCUGUUAGUAUGGAGAAGAUGAAUCUCAAUUCACACAACUCAUCGCCUGGACAUACUGCACGUCUCGCAGAAGCCACCGGAGUGCCACUUAAUCGUCGUAUCCUGGGCUAUCGUGAACCACCUCCUCCCGCUUCAUCCGACAAGACACUUGCUCUUCAGCGUGAAUACGCAAAACCCUUGUACGCUAGUGCACGUCCUGACACUUUGGCAUCGUCAACCGGAGCAGUCAAAAGUAAAUCGCGUAAACUUCCUACACAGCCAGAGCGAGUGUUGGAUGCGGUCAAUCUCCUGGAUGACUUUUAUCUCAACCUCAUAAGCUGGUCGUGCCAGAAUAUCGUUGCUGUUGCUCUUGGUCCUGCUACGUACAUCUGGAACGGAGACACUGGUACCGUCGUUCUCAUCUCUGAAGCGUCCGAUGGUUUGUACCCUUCGAGUGUGGAGAUGUCGAAUGAUGGCGCAUUCCUUGGUGUUGGGCUGUGCAAUGGAGAUGUAGAGCUGUAUGAUGUUGAGACUACCCAGAAGCUGCGUACGAUGAGUGGACAUCAGGGCCAGGUUGCUACUCUGUCCUGGAACGAGCACAUCCUAAGUUCGGGAUGUGCGGAUGGUAGCAUCUGGCAUCACGAUGUGCGCGUUCCUCGUCAUAAAGUGAUGGAGCUAUUAGGUCACACUGGGGAGGUUUGCGGUUUAACGUGGAGGAGUGAUGGAGAGUUGUUGGCUAGCGGGGGUAACGACAAUGUUGUCAAUAUAUGGGACGGAAGACUGGGGGAUGUUGGGGAGAACGCCCAAGGAAAGGCCAAGUGGGUCAAGCGAAAUCACACAGCUGCCGUGAAGGCGCUAGCAUGGUGCCCAUGGCAGCCAUCUUUGCUUGCCUCGGGUGGAGGUACGAACGAUGCCUCGAUUAACGUAUGGAACGUAAACACUGGCGCGCGAGUUCACACAACAAAGACACCUGCUCAAAUCAGUACCAUUCAGUGGGCACCGCACAAGAAAGAGAUCCUGACUACUCAUGGGUAUCCAACCAAUGCGAUCAUGCUCCAUGCGUACCCCAGCAUGGAACGUGUUGCGGAGAUCCGGGACUCACAUGAAUCUCGAGUUUUGUUCAGUUGUGUCAGCCCUGCUGGGGAUUUAGUGCUUACUGGCGGCGGUGAUGAAUCGUUGAAGUUUUGGAGGAUCUGGGAAGUUCCCAGUGCGUCGGGAAAGAAGAAGAGAACUGGUUAUGACGACAGGCCUCUCAAUUCGACCAGGUCGGAUGUGUUGUCUAUUCGCUGAGCUUAUGUCUGUGAAGCUUGACUCAUAGUCGUGAAUACUGUAUUUAUUUAAGUAGCAUUGCACAAGCAUCAAUAGAGGUAGUUCAUUUCACGACAAUUUUUGUCGAUUUCAGCGUGUAUUUUGCCGGCCCGAUACUGCGG